AUGUGGAACAUCAUGCCUAUUUCAGCAGCCAUGUUCCGCAGUGAGCGUAAGAACCCGGUCCCUCAGUGUCCUCCCAGGCUGGAUGUCCAGAUGCUGACCCCAGUCAUUUGGAGCCGCAUGCCAAACCACUUCCUGUCCCCAGAGACGGGCCGUGUGAACGAGAGGCACGGCUGGAUGGUGGAGUGUAGAGAGCCUCUCACCAUGAUGGCCCUGCACAUCCCUGAGGAGAACAGAUGUAUUGACGUCCUGGAGUUGUCGGAACGUAUGGACCUGCUGAAGUUCCACUACCACACUCUGAAACUGUACGGCUCGGUCUGUGCUCUGGGUAACAACCGCGUGGCUCACGCCCUGUGCAGCCAUGUUGACGAAUCCCAGUUAUUCUACGCCAUAGAGAACACCUACCUGCCUGGACCAAUGAGGAGCGGCUACUACGAUCUGCUCAUCAGCAUGCACCUGGAGUCGGCCAAGAGGAACCGCCUCAUGACCAAUAAGGAGUUCAUUGUGCCCAUGACUGAAGAGACGCGCAGCAUCAACCUCAACUCAGACACUGACAAAUCCCAUGCUUUACCAGGGGUUGGCCUCACUACCUGUCUGCGCCCCAAACUCCACUUCUCCCCCACUGGGUUUGUAGGGACAGACCUGGAUAUCUACACCCUCAGCCCCUUCAUCCCCCUACAUGUGCUGAAGGCGAAGGCCCUGACCAUGCUGACAGAAGCUGUCCAGGAUGGUGGUCAAGCCAUGAGGGAUCCUGUAGGAGGCAGUGUUGAGUUCCACUUUGUCCCCAUCCUCAAGCUCAUCAGCACCCUGCUCAUCAUGGGUGUGUUUGAGAAUGAAGAUGUCAAGCACAUCCUGAAGAUGAUAGAGCCCACAGUGUUCAGUGGAGAGGCAGAGGCUGCUGCCCAGGGAGAGGUGGACCAAUCACUGGCCCUCAAAGAACGGGGGUUGGAGGUGAAGGAAGAAGAGGAGGGAGCAGUAGAGAGCGGACAUGAAACAGAAAUGGAGGAUGAGGGGAUGAGUGAGGAAGAUGAGGAAAUGGAGGCAGAGCUGGAGGAGUUGGAGCCUAUAGAAAAAGAGGAAGACAAGGGGGAGGAUGACGGAGAGAAGGUGGAUGGAGAGAAAGGUGGUGAGGAGACGGAGAAGGAGGUGAAGCCUGGAGAGGCAGAUGGAGAGGCAGACGGAGAGGCAGAAGAACAAGUAGGUCUGGAAGAGGGAUUACUGCACAUGAAGCUUCCAGAGUCUGUCAAACUACAGAUGUGCACUCUGCUGCAGUAUUUCUGUGACUGUGAGUUGCGCCACAGGGUGGAGGCCAUCAUAGCCUUUUCAGACGAGUUUGUGAGCCAGGUGCAGGCCAACCAGAGAGCCCGCUACAACGAGCUCAUGCUGGCGUACACCAUGAGCGCUGCUGAGACCGCUCGCAAGACCCGCGAGUUCCGCUCCCCACCACAGGAGCAGGUCAACAUGCUGAUGAACUUGAAGAACAUUGCGGAGGAUGAGGAUUGUCCUGUGCCUGACGAGGUCCGCGAUGCCCUGCAGGCUUUUCACAAGAACCUGCUGUUUCACUGCAAUGUACAUAUCGAAGAGGAAGAGGUAGAGGAGGAGUUGGAUACGUCUUUCAAAGGACGACUCCUCCGAAUGCUGGACAAGUUGAGGCACCUCCGUAAGAAGAAGGUAGAGGAGGAGGAACCUGAGGAGGAGAACAAACCCAGCACCCUCCAGGAGCUGAUCUCCCACACCAUGGUCCACUGGGCCCAGGAGUCAUUUAUCCAGAACCCUGAGCUGGUGCGUCUGAUGUUCAGCCUGCUGCACCGUCAGUAUGACGGGCUGGGGGAGUUGAUCCGGGCCCUGCCCAAGGCCUACACCAUCAACGCCAUCUCCAUAAAGGAUACAAUGGACCUGCUGGAGUGCCUGGGACAGAUCCGCUCGCUGCUCAUCGUCCAGAUGGGCCCCGAGGAGGAGUGGCUCCUGAUCCAGAGCAUCGGGAACAUCAUGAGCAACAAAGUGUUUUAUCAGCACCCCAACCUGAUGCGAGCGCUGGGCAUGCACGAGACUGUCAUGGAGGUGAUGGUCAACGUGCUGGGUGGUGGCGACUCCAAGGAGAUCAGAUUCCCUCGUAUGGUCACCAACUGCUGUCGUUUCCUGUGCUACUUCUGUCGUAUCAGUCGUCAGAACCAACGUUCCAUGUUCGAUCACCUCAGCUACCUGCUUCAGAACAGUGGCAUCGGCCUUGGAAUGCGUGGCUCCACCCCUCUAGACGUAGCUGCAGCAUCCUGUAUUGAUAACAAUGAGCUGGCUCUGGCGCUACAGGAACAAGACCUGGAGAAGGUGGUGAAGUACCUUGCAGGCUGUGGGCUUCAGAGCUGUCCCCAGCUCCUGGCUAAGGGUUACCCUGACAUUGGCUGGAACCCUUGUGGCGGAGAGAAAUACCUGGACUUCCUCCGCUUCGCUGUCUUUGUCAACGGAGAGAGCGUAGAGGAGAAUGCCAAUGUGGUGGUGCGUCUUCUGAUCCGUCGGCCAGAGUGUUUUGGCCCGGCUCUGAGAGGAGAGGGUGGGAACGGCCUGCUGGAUGCUAUAGAGGAGGCCAUCAAGAUCUCUGAGGAUCCUGCCAGGGAUGGCCCCACUGUCAAGAAAGACAGGCGCUUCCCCGGCAUGUUCCCUGGUGGAGAGGGGCAGCAUGAGGAGAACAAGGUGCAUCUGGGGAAUGCCAUCAUGUCCUUCUACUCAGCUCUCAUUGACUUGCUGGGACGCUGCGCUCCAGAGAUGCAUUUAAUCCAGGCUGGGAAGGGUGAGGCUCUGAGGAUCAGGGCCAUCCUGAGGUCCCUGGUGCCCAUAGAGGACCUGGUGGGAGUCAUCACCCUGUCUGUCCAAAUCCCAGACUUUGGAAAGGAUAACAGCAUCAUUGAACCCAAGAUGUCUUCCAGUUUUGUGCCGGACCACAAGGCUCCCAUGGUGCUGUUCCUUGACAGAGUGUAUGGUAUUGACAACCAGGACUUCCUGCUCCAUGUGCUGGAGGUGGGCUUCCUGCCUGACAUGAGGGCAGCUGCUUCUCUGGACACAGCGGCUUUCUGCACCACAGAGAUGGCCCUGGCUCUGAACCGCUACCUCUCUCUGGCCGUGCUGCCCCUCAUCACCAAGUGUGCCUUCCUGUUUGCCGGCACAGACCACCGGGCCAUCAUGAUCGACUCCAUGCUGCACACCAUCUACCGUCUCUCCCGCGGACGAGCCUUCACUAAGGCCCAGAGAGAUGUCAUUGAGGAGUGUCUCAUGGCUUUGUGCAAAAAUCUACGGCCAUCCAUGUUACAACACCUGUUGAGAAGGCUGGUAUUUGAUGUACCAAUUCUCAAUGAAUAUGCCAAAAUGCCACUUAAGCUUUUGACCAAUCACUAUGAGCGUUGUUGGAAGUACUAUUGCCUGCCCAACGGCUGGGGCAACUUUGGAGUGUCAUCAGAGGAGGAGCUGCAUCUCACCCGCAAACUGUUCUGGGGCAUCUUUGAGUCCCUGGCCCACAAGAAAUUUGAUGCUGAGCUGUUCAAAAUUGCCAUGCCGUGCAUAUGUGCCAUUUCUGGUGCCAUUCCUCCAGAUUAUGUAGAUGCCAGCUACUCCUCCAAGACUGAGAAGAAAGUCUCGGUGGAUGCAGAGGGAAACUUUGAUCCCAAACCAGUGGAGACCACAAAUACUAUCAUCCCUGAGAGAUUGGAUGGUUUCAUCAACAAAUAUGCUGAAUACACACAUGACAAGUGGGCUUUUGAAAAGAUUCAGAACAACUGGACAUAUGGAGAGAUGUUGGAUGAAGAUUCUAAAACUCACCCCAUGCUCCGACCGUACAAAACAUUCUCAGAGAAGGACAAAGAGAUCUACCGUUGGCCCAUCAAAGAGUCCAUGAAGGCUAUAAUUGCGUGGGAGUGGACUCUGGAUCAAAUGAGGGAAGGAGAGGAAGCCAAGACUGAGCAAAAGAAGGCGGCUCGGAAAAUCUCUCAGACUGCACAGGCAACAUACGACCCCAGCCAUGGCUACAGUCCCCAACCGAUUGAGAUCUCCCACAUGGCACUGUCAAGAGAGCUGCAGUCCAUGGCAGAACAGCUUGCAGAGAACUAUCACAAUACCUGGGGUCGCAAGAAGAAGAUGGAGCUGCAGUCCAAAGGAGGAGGCUCCCACCCUUUGCUUGUACCCUAUGACACCCUGACAGCAAAGGAAAAGGCACGAGACAGGGAAAAGGCUCAUGAGCUUCUUAAAUUCCUUCAAAUCAAUGGAUUUGCAGUCACCAGGGGAAUGAAAGACAUGGAGUCAGACAUCUCAUCUAUCGAGAAGCGCUUUGCUUAUGGUUUCCUGCAGAAGCUGUUGAAGUGGAUGGAGAUCGCCCAGGAGUUCAUAGCUCAUCUUGAGGCUGUGGUGAGCAGUGGCAGAGUGGAGAAGUCGCCUCAUGAGCAGGAGAUCAAAUUCUUUGCAAAGAUCCUGUUGCCCCUGAUCAAUCAGUACUUUAAAAACCACUGUCUGUACUUCCUGUCCACACCGGCCAAAGUCCUGGGAACUGGAGGACAUUCCUCUAACAAGGAGAAAGAGAUGAUUGCCAGCAUCUUCUGUAAAAUGGCUGCUCUGGUGAGACACAGAGUUUCUCUCUUUGGAAAUGACGCCCCUGCUAUUGUCAACUGUCUUCACAUUCUGGCACGAUCUCUCGACGCAAGGACGGUGAUGAAGUCUGGGCCUGAAAUCGUGAAGGCAGGGCUCAGGUCAUUCUUUGAGGGUGCAGCUGAUGAUAUAGAGAAGAUGGUGGAGAACCUCAAACUGGGAAAGGUGUCUAAAGGCAACCAGCAGGUGAAAGGCGUGUCCCAGAACAUCAACUACACCACCAUUGCUCUGCUCCCAGUCCUCACCUCCCUGUUCGACCACAUCUCUCAGCACCAGUUUGGAGAUGAUGUCAUUUUGGAUGACCUCCAGAUGUCGUGUUACCGCAUCAUGUGCGCCAUCUACUCCCUGGGUACUGUCAAGAACCCUCAUGUGGAGAGGCAGAGGCCAGCCCUGGGGGAGUGUCUGGCCCAUUUGGCGGCUGCUAUGCCUGUGGCCUACCUGGAGCCCCAUCUCAAUGAGUACAACUCCUUCUCUGUUUACACCACCAAGACCCCCAGAGAAAGAGCCAUCCUUGGUCUGCCCAAUGAGGUCCAGGAGUUAUGCCAGGACAUACCAGAGCUAGACGUUCUAUUGAAAGAGAUCGGGGACUUGGCAGAGUCAGGUGCCCGUUACACAGAGAUGCCCCAUGUGAUCGAGAUAACUCUGCCCAUGCUGUGUAACUACCUGCCCCGCUGGUGGGAAAGAGGAGUAGAGAACUUCCCUGAGCUGGAGGGCCAGAUCUGCACCGACGUCACCUCUGAGCAGCUCAACCAGCUGCUGGGCAGCAUCAUGAAGAUCGUCGUCAACAACCUGGGAAUUGACGAGGCCUCCUGGAUGAAGAGGCUGGCUGUCUUCUCCCAGCCUAUUGUGAGCAGGGCCAAGCCAGAGAUGCUCAAGUCCCAUUUCAUCCCUACCAUGGAGAAGCUGAAGAAGAGGACAGGGAAGGUGGUGGCAGAGGAGGACCACCUGCGUAUGGAGGGGAAGGCCGAGGGGGACGAGGAGGACGGCACCAUCAGGGAGGAGUUUGCUGUGCUCUGCAGGGACCUGUACGCCCUCUACCCUCUCCUCAUCCGCUAUGUGGACAAUAACAGGGCAAGGUGGUUGACAUGCCCAGACCCAGAUGCAGAGGAGCUCUUCAGAAUGGUUGGAGAGGUCUUCAUAUUCUGGUCCAAAUCUCAUAACUUCAAGCGAGAAGAGCAGAACUUUGUGGUGAUGAAUGAGAUUAAUAACAUGUCUUUCCUCACUGCUGACAGCAAGAGCAAGAUGAGCACGGGCAACGACUCAGAGGCUGGUGGCUCAGACGUGGAGCGUACCAAGAAGAAAAGACGGGGAGAUCGUUACUCAGUGCAGACGUCACUUAUUGUGGCUGCCCUGAAAAAGAUGCUCCCCAUCGGCCUCAACAUGUGCUCCCCUGCUGAUCAGGAGCUUAUCAACCUGGCCAAGAUACGAUACUCUUUGAGGGACACGGAUGAGGAAGUAAGAGAGUUUUUGCAAAACAACCUGCAUCUUCAAGGCAAGGUGGAGAACCCGUCCAUGCGCUGGCAGAUGUCCCUGUAUAAGGAGAUGGCAGGGAAGGCUGAGGAUGCUGACGCUCCAGAGAAAGUGGUGAAGAGGGUGCAGGAGGUGUCAGCUGUUCUCUAUCACAUUGAGGUGACGGAGCACCCCUUCAAAUCCAAAAAGAUGGUGUGGCACAAACUGCUCUCCAAGCAGAGACGCAAGGCUGUGGUAGCCUGCUUUAGGAUGACUCCACUCUACAACCUACCCAGGCAUAGAGCUUCCAAUAUGUUCCUGGAAGGAUACAAACGCAACUGGAUCCAUACUGAGGGCUACUCCUUUGAGGACAGAAUGAUAGACGACUUGUCUAAAGCCAUGGAGCAGGAAGAAGAGGAAGAGACGGAGACCAAGCCAGAUCCCCUUCACCAACUCAUUUUGCAUUUCAGCCGUACCGCUCUCACAGAAAAGAGUAAACUUGAUACAGAUUACCUAUAUAUGGCAUACGCUGAUAUUAUGGCAAAGAGCUGCCACAUUGGUGAGGAGGACGAAGGGAGAGAGGAGGUGGAGGAAGGGGCUGAGGAUGAGAUGUCCCUUGAGGAAAAAGAGAUGGAGAAACAGAGACUUCUGUACCAGCAGUCCCGUCUCCAUAACCGUGGGGCGGCUGAGAUGGUGCUGCAGAUGAUCAGUGCUUGCAAAGGUGAGACUGGCUGCAUGGUGUCCUCCACCCUUAAACUGGGCAUCUCCAUCCUAAACAGUGGUAACGUUGAGGUUCAACAGAAAAUGCUUGAGUACUUGAAGGACAAGAAGGAUGUUGGCUUCUUUUUGAGUGUCCAGGCUCUAAUGCAGACAUGCAGUGUCCUGGACCUGAAUGCCUUUGAGAGACAGAACAAGGCAGAGGGUCUGGGCAUGGUGUCGGAGGAGGGAACAAGUGAGAAAGUCAUGUCGGAUGAUGAGUUUACAUGUGAUCUGUUCCGCAUGUUGCAGCUGCUCUGUGAGGGCCACAAUAACGAUUUCCAGAACUACUUGCGGACACAGACAGGCAGCACCACCACUAUCAACGUCAUCAUCUGCACUGUGGAUUACCUCCUCCGACUGCAGGAGUCAAUCAGUGAUUUCUACUGGUAUUACUCUGGGAAAGAGAUCAUCGAUGAGCCAGGCAAGAAGAACUUCUCCAAGGCCAUGACAGUGGCUAAACAGAUCUUUAACAGUCUGACUGAGUACAUCCAGGGUCCGUGUACAGGCAACCAGCAGUCCCUGACCCACAGCAGGCUGUGGGAUGCAGUAGUAGGCUUCCUCCACGUCUUUGCCCACUUGAUGAUGAAGCUGGCACAGGGUAAAGACUCCAGCCAGAUUGGCCUGCUGAAGGAGCUACUGGACCUCCAGAAAGACAUGGUGGUUAUGCUGCUCUCUCUCCUAGAGGGUAAUGUGGUGAACGGCACCAUUGCCCGUCAGAUGGUGGACAUGCUGGUGGAGUCCUCCAGCAAUGUGGAGAUGAUCCUCAAGUUCUUUGACAUGUUCCUCAAACUGAAGGACAUUGUGGCGUCAGACGCCUUCCGUGAUUACGUGACUGACCCCCGAGGGUUAAUCUCUAAGAAAGACUUUCAGAAGGCCAUGGACAGCCAGAAACAGUAUUCUCCCUCCGAGAUCCAAUUCCUGUUGUCCUGCUCAGAGGCUGAUGAGAACGACAUGAUAAACUUUGAGGAGUUUGCCGACCGCUUCCAGGAGCCAGCUAAAGACAUUGGCUUUAACAUUGCAGUGUUGCUGACCAACCUGUCUGAACAUGUCCCUCAUGACCUCAGGCUGAAGAACUUCCUAGAGCAGGCAGAGAGUGUACUCAACUACUUCCGCCCCUUCCUGGGCCGUAUAGAGAUCAUGGGUGCCAGCAGGAAGAUAGAGCGUAUUUACUUUGAGAUCAGCGAGGUCAACCGCACACAGUGGGAGAUGCCUCAGGUCAGAGAGUCCAAACGACAGUUCAUCUUUGAUGUGGUUACUGAGGGGGCCGAGUCGGAGAAGAUGGAGAUGUUUGUCAACUUCUGCGAGGACACUAUCUUUGAGAUGAACAUCGCCUCCCAGAUCUCGGAGCAGGAGGAGGAGGAGAAGGAGGAGGAUGAUGAUGAUCCAGCUGAAGGAGGAACUGAUGCAGGAGGAGGAGGAGGUGGAGAUGAAGAAGGCAAUGGAGAGGAAGGAGAGCCAGAGACCAUCUCUGCCUUUGCAGACUUCAUCAACAGCGUAUUGAACUUCCUGAGUAUCUUCACAUUCCGUAACCUGCGACGGCAGUACCGCAGGGUAAGGAAGAUGACCAUCAAGCAGAUAGUGGUGGGUCUGGCUACCUUCUUCUGGACUAUCCUCAUCGGCAUCCUGCACUUCAUCUACAGUGUAUGUAAGGGCUUCUUCCUGCUCAUCUGGCAAACUCUAUUUGGCGGAGGCCUGGUGGAGGGAGCAAAGAACAUCACGGUGACAGAGAUCCUGGCCAGUAUGCCUGACCCCACCCAGGAUGAGGUGCAUGGGGACCUGCCAGGGGAGCCUGGGGUUGGGAAGGAGCAGGAGGCAGGAGGGGUGACUGACCAAAUAGACACAGGCGGUGGAGAGGAGGAGGACAAUAAAGACAAGGAAGGUGGGGGGACACCACGCAUCGAUGCUCCUGGUGGACUUGGUGACAUGGGAAUUGAGGCCACUGUUGAGCCUCCUACUCCCGAGGGUACUCCUUUGACCAAGAGGAAACGGCAACCAGAGGAGGGUGCUGCUGCAGCAGCUGAUGGCCGAGCUGCUGAUGGCCUAGCUGCUGAACCGGCUUCUGCUCCUGCCAUAAAGGAGCCCCCUCCAGAGCCUGAGAAGGCAGACACUGAAAAUGGAGAGAAGGUCGAGAAAGAAGCUGAGACCAAAGAGGAGAAGCAGGAGGAAGCGAUAGAAAAGAAACCCAAGUCUAAGAAAGAUAAGAAGCAACACAGGGAGCAAGGGUUCCAACUCUGGACUGAGCUCGACAUCCAAAGAAACAAAUUUUUGAACUACCUCUCUCGGAACUUUUACAAUCUGCGUUUUCUGGCAUUGUUCAUUGCAUUUGCCCUGAACUUUAUUCUACUCUUCUACAAGGUGUCGGACAGCCCCCCCGGAGAAGGUGAUGAGGUGGAGGGCUCUGGCAUGUUUGAGGGCUCAGGGUUGGGAGUGCUGUUUGAGGGAAUUGGGCUGUUUGAGGGCUCAGCGGAGGAGAUGGAGGGAUCUGGUGGGGAGGAAGGAGGAGAUGAGGAAGAGGAGGGGGGCCCAGUCUACUUCUUCUUGGAGGAGAGCACUGGCUACAUGCAGCCCACCCUCACCUUCCUGGCUACCCUGCACACCGUCAUCGCCUUCCUCUGCAUCAUCGGUUACAACUGUCUAAAGAUCCCUCUUGUGAUCUUUAAAAGAGAAAAGGAGCUGGCCAGGAAACUGGAGUUUGAUGGUCUUUACAUUACAGAGCAGCCUGAGGAUGAUGACAUCAAAGGCCAAUGGGACAGACUGGUCCUCAACACACUCUCUUUCCCAAGCAACUACUGGGACAAGUUUGUUAAGCGAAAGGUCCUGGAUAAGUAUGGAGACAUUUACGGCAGAGAGAGGAUUGCAGAGCUCCUAGGCAUGGAUUUAGCCUCGUUAGAUGUCAGUCAACAAACUGAUAAGAAGCCGGAGGAACCCGACAAUUCUACGUUGGCCAGGUUUACGUCUAUUGACUUCAAGUACCAGAUCUGGAAAUUUGGAGUUGUGUUCACAGACGGGACUUUUCUCUAUCUGUGUUGGUACACGAUCAUGUCCUUGCUUGGACAUUACAACAACUUCUUCUAUGCCUGUCACUUGCUGGACAUAGCCAUCGGUGUGAAGGAUCUGCGUACUAUCCUGUCCUCUGUCACCCACAAUGGGAAACAACUCAUGAUGACAUUGGGCUUGUUGGCAGUGGUGGUGUAUCUCUACACUGUAGUGGCUUUUAUCUUUUUCCGCAAGUUUUACAACAAGAGUGAAGAUGAGGAUGAGCCGGAUAUGAAAUGUGACGACAUGAUGACUUGCUACCUCUUCCAUAUGUACGUGGGCGUGCGUGCUGGCGGUGGCAUAGGGGACGAGAUCGAGGACCCGGCAGGAGACGUGUACGAGCUCUACCGGGUCGUCUUUGACAUCACCUUCUUCUUCUUUGUCAUUGUCAUCCUGUUGGCCAUCAUCCAGGGUCUGAUCAUUGACGCCUUCGGAGAGCUCAGAGACCAACAGGAGCAGGUUAAGGAAGACAUGGAGACCAAGUGCUUCAUCUGUGGAAUUGGAAGCGACUACUUUGAUAUGACGCCGCACGGCUUCGAGACCCACACCCUGGAGGAACACAACUUGGCCAACUACAUGUUCUUCUUAAUGUACCUCAUCAACAAAGAUGACACGGAGCACACUGGCCAGGAGUCGUAUGUGUGGAAGAUGUACCAGGAGCGAGCGUGGGACUUCUUCCCUGCUGGCGACUGUUUCAGAAAGCAAUAUGAGGAUCAGCUUGCAUAA